AUGCAGAGCUGGGUUCGAUAUAUACAGUGCAGUGCCCGCGGCUUCUUAGAGAGAGCUGUUGAUGGAUCGGGACCUCCACUCGUUCCCUAUGGUGGGAUGUUUUCGAGCGGCAACUCAGGGAAGAGUCCAUUAGUGGCGGCCACCUAUUACUUCAACCCCAGCUCUGCAUCCGUUACCGCCAACAGACCGGAAGGGGUUUACGUUUCCGACACAAACCCAUUGACUGCUAAUAACCCUAUAGAUAGUGAUCGAAGCGAUGAUAACGUCUGUACGGCACCCGAUGCUAGAAAGGGUACGUGUUAUGAGGCAUCCGAGUGUGUGAGGAGGGGUGGUAUGCCGAUGGGUCGGUGCAGUGACUCGUAUUCAGGCGCCGGUAAAAACUCAGGUGCCGUUUGCUGUCUAUUUGAUGUCUCGUGCGGCGAAACUGCGGCCGAAAAGUUCAUAUAUUUCCGAAAUCCUGGUUAUCCCGAGGCGUACGACAGGUCCCGCAUCUGUCGCACAAAAAUCGGCAAAAUUUCGCCCAAUAUUUGUCAGUUUAGACUCGAUUUCAGAACCUUUGAUAUCGGAAAACCUUUGGAGGGUAACUGUUCUCAAGACAUAUUCACCAUUUCCGGUCAAAAUGAAAAUCAUAUCAUACCUAAGAUUUGUGGUCUUAAUAAUGGACAGCACUACUAUAUCGGUGUUGACGAGUCAGGAGUGGUGAGUCUGCACCUAAUGAUGUUGGGCUCAUACCGGCGGCGCUUUGAUGUACUGAUCACUCAAAUUCCCUGUCAAUCGGAGAAUUCAGCCCCACCACAUUGUCUGCAAUACUAUUCGGGAACCCAUGGAGUGAUCAAAAGCUUUAACUACGACUACUCUGAGGACGAGUUAAGCUCCGAUAGGAACGAAGGCUAUCCCAAUGAUGUCGAUUACAUGAUGUGCAUCCGGAAAGAGCCGGGUUUCUGCUCAAUCACAUACGAACUGUCCAGCGAUGCCGACGGAACCCUACCCUUUGCCAUCGGGUCGGGAGCUGAACAUAUCGCCGGGUUCUCUGCCCAGUGGCCAGUGGUGGCCGAGUGUAGGGACGACUUCAUAGUGAUAGGAGGUAUGCGGUUGUGUUCGGGUGUCGGGAAACUCAAUGUCGAGAACACAGAGUUGGCUGAUAAUGGACUCCUGAAGCUGACCAAUCGCCAGGAGAACGCUUUUGGUAACGCGAGUUCAGUGCACCGGACAGUCAUGACCGACACAACUCCCGGGCCCUUUCAGAUUAGGUUUGUGUCGAAUAACGCCAAAAAUGCCAGAGGUUUUCAUAUCGGGUACCGACAGAAUCCAUGCAAAUAA